AUGGGCGCCGACAUGCACCAGCUGCUGCGCGAGUCGCGGCAGGCGGCCCUCGACCGCCACCAGUACGCCACGGCCAUCUUCUGGGCGGACAAACUGCUGGCCAUCACGGGCGACGAGCGCGACGCCUUCUGGCUGGCGCAGGUGCACUUCACGGCCGGCAACUACCACCGCGCGCAGGCGGUGCUCGCGCGCGGCGGCCUCGCGCAGCGCAGCCCGCAGAGCCGCUACCUCAACGCACACUGCGCCGUCAAGCUGGGCCGCCUCGACGACGCGCUGCAGCUGCUGGGCGAGACCAACCCGACGCACCUCGCCGCCCCGCCCGGCCCCGCGAGCGCGCGCCAGAAGCUGCGCCAUGUCGACACCCACGCCCGCCCACGCCACGGCGACCCGCACGCCCGUCCGCGUCACCGCGCCGCGCGCGAACGCCUGCCGACCAGCGAGGAGCGCGACGGCGAGGAUGCCGACAACCUGCGCGCCGAGGCGGCCAUGUGCUACCUGCGCGGCGUGUGCUUUGCCGCCCAGAACUCGUUCGACCGCGCGCGCGAGUGCUACAAGGCCGCCGUGCAGAUCGACGUGCAGUGCUUCGAGGCCUUCGACGCCCUGAUGGCCAACGCCCUGAUGUCGCCCGACGAGGAGUGGGCCUUCCUCGAGACGCUCGACUUCGACGCCGCCCCCGCCGCCGCCGCCGAUCCCGACGCCGCCCAGGAGGCCGCCGCCUUCGUGCGCAACCUGUACAUCACGCGCCUGUCCAAGUACGCCCGCCCCGACGAGUUCGUCGCCGCCACCGAGACCCUCAGCACCCACUACAACCUGGCCGCCAACCCCGACAUCGUGCGCGCCAAGGCCGACCUCAAGUACACCCAGGGCCGCUUCCGCGACGCCCUCGCCCUAACCUCGUCCGUGCUCGCCGACGACGCCCACAACUUCGCCGUGCUGCCGCUGCACCUCGCCGCCCUCUACGAGCUCGAGCAGACCAACGCCCUGUACCUCCUCUCGCACGAGCUGCACGACGCCCACCCGCAGGAGCCCGCCGCCGUGCUCGCCGUCGCCGUCUACUACUUCUCCGCCAACAGGACCGCCGACGCCCGCCGCUUCUUCUCCAAGGCCUCGCAGAUGGACCAGCAGUCGGGCGCCGCCUGGAUCGGCUUCGCCCACACCUUCGCCGCCGAGGGCGAGCACGACCAGGCCAACGCCGCCUACAGCACCGCCGCCCGCCUCUUCCAGGGCUCGCACCUGCCGCAGCUGUUCAUGGGCAUGCAGAACCUGCAGCUGAACAACCUGAGCCUGGCCCGCGGCUACUUCGACGCCGCCUACGCCCUCUGCAGCACCGACCCGCUGCUGCUCAACGAGAUCGGCGUCGUCGUCUACCACACCGCCGACCACGCCAGCGCCAUCGACUUCUUCCGCUCCGCCCUCGACUACGCCGCCCAGAACGACGCCGAACCGAACUCCGCCAUCGCCUUCCGCAUCAACCUCGGCCACGCCCUGCGCCGCGCCGACCAGCUCGACGACUCCCUGCGCGUCUUCAACGCCGUCCUGCGCCACGGCGUCAAAACCCCCGCCGUCCUCUCCGCCAAGGCCCUUGUCCUCCUCGAACUGUGCCGCACCUGGGACGCCGUCACCGUGCUGCACGAGGCCCUCGCCGUCGCGCCCCAGGACCCCACCGCCACAGAUCUGCUCGCCAAGGCCCUCGAGGAGAACGAGCUCGACAACGCCGCCAUGCUCGACCCCGCGCUCAGCCAUGACGGACUCCGCCUCAUCGAGGACGAGGUCGACGACCCGGAGUUCGAGGACGCGCUGCGCCGCAGGAAGAACGCCCUGCGCGAUAUGGAGCCCAACCGUGCUGCCGGCCGCCGCGGGAGGCGCCGCCGCCACGCCGCGGGGUUCGUGGAUGAGAGCGCGUUGGAGAGCAUGGUUGUCGACUCUGAUGGAUGAGGUAGACGGGUAGAAGGGGUGGUCACAGGGCAGCGACGGGCUGGCGACACAGGCCAGUGACAGGUGAAAUAACGGGGAGAUUUCCGUUUUUGGAAUACCACUUGCUUUUGGAUACCACGGCAUAGCGAGGCGCAUGGGCUUGUCGCGUCUUUGGCGUUUAGGCCUACAUUUCAUGGGAAAAAGUGUGUGCUUGCGUUUUUCAAUGUUUUCCUUUUGCUUUUUCUCUUUUUGGAUAUGCUCUGCAUGGAAUACGGGGGACUGC